GUGGGGAGUUCAAUGAUGUGGGAAAGAAGGCCAUAAACAGAAUAUGUGUAAAGGUGUCUCAUGCCUCUUCCCUGGAAGGGAUAAAAUUGACAAAGUGGGCGGGUGUGCUUGGUCCAAGUGCCUCUCCAAAAGGCUGUUGGCGAUCAUUAUAGAAACUGACUAUUGAUAAGAGGACAGCUGACCUCCAAUGGAGGAUAAAUACAUAGAGCUAUAGCCACCAACAUGCAUCUGGUACACCUGGAUCCUACUGUUGGGGAGGGGUGUCCAUUCUGUGCUGAGUAUGAAUCUCUGGCACAUCUGUUUUUACUGUGUCCCAGGUUGGUUGGGAUGAUUGAACUGAUCACUGAUUGGUUCUCAACGUUGGGAGAGGUUUUCUCUUCCCAACUGUAUAUAUUUGGGCCAAAGUACAGGUUCAGUCAAAAGGGUGUAGUUGUGUUGCUUAAUUUUGUGUUAGGGGCAGCAAAAUUAGCAAUAUGGAAGACCCGAAAGAACAGCAUUCGGGGACAGGGUCUGUGGAUGUGGUGGGAAUGCUGGAGGGAAUGUUGGCAGUGAGACUGAGGGUUGAGUUUGCCUAUUAUAAACUUGUCAACAAUAUUGAUCUGUUUUUGAGUAUAUGGGGUAUUCAGAGGCUGUUGUGUUUAGUUACUGUGGAGGAGGAAUUGGAGUUGUGUUUUUAAUUGAUGUGUAACUGUGGUUUUGUAUAAGUAUUUAUUGUGUGGUGGGCCCCCAGACCCAAUAAAGAUGAUUUAAAACUCAAAAACUCUCUCUCUCUUCCUCUGUCUUUCUCUCUCUCUCUCUCUCUGUCUCUCUGUCUCUAUGUCUCUAAUCUCUGUCUCUCUCUCUCUCUCUCUCUCUCUGUCUCUCUCUCUUUCUCUCUGUCUGUCUCUCUUUCUCUCCCUCUCUCUCUGUCUCUCUCUCUCUCUGUCUCUCUGUCUCUCUGUCUCUAAUCUCUGUCUCUCCUCUCUCUGUCUCUCUCUCUCUUUCUGUCUCUCUCUCUUUCUCUCUGUCUGUCUCUCUUUCUCUCUCUCUCUGUCUUUCUUUAUCUCGCUCUCUCGCUCUCGCCCAGUUCUCUUUCAUCCAGCGUCUCUGAUUGUCAGUCCUGACAGUUCUCAGUUCCUUAAAUAUGAGUCUGUCUCUCUGAGCUGUGAGGUUCAGGGGAACUCUGCUGUAUGGAGACUGAAGAGAUGUACACUCUAUGGGGAGUGUUCAGAUUGUGGAAUAAAAUGGGGAAAACCACAAGGGUCGUCAUGCAUCGUGUCACUAAUACCAUCAGACAGUGGAGUGUACUGGUGUGAGUCUGGGUCUGGAGAACACAGCAACGCUGUCAACAUCACAGUACCUGAUGGUGCUGUGAUCCUGGAGAGCCCUGCCCUUCCUGUGACUGAGGGAGAUUCUGUGACUCUGCGCUGCAGAUAUCAGGGAACUCCCUCUAACCUCACAGCUGAUUUCUACAAAGAUGGAUCCCUCAUCAGGACUGAGACUACAGGAGAGAUGACCAUCCCUGCAGUAUCCAAGUCAGAUGAAGGACUCUACAAGUGUACCAACUCUGAAGGAGAAUCACCAGAGAGCUGGAUGACUGUGACAGUUGUCCUUUUUUCUCCAACUGCAGGUCCAACUCCCAUUCCAUCUCCAGCAGUCCCACUGUUGUCCAUGUCUCCACCCAUUCCAUCUCCAGCAGUCCCACUGUUGUCCAUGUCUCCACCCAUUCCAUCUCCAGCAGUCCCACUGUUGUCCAUGUCUCCACCCAUUCCAUCUCCAGCAGUCCCACUGUUGUCCAUGUCUCCACCCAUUCCAUCUCCAGCAGUCCCACUGUUGUCCAUGUCUCCACCCAUUCCAUCUCCAGCAGUCCCACUGUUGUCCAUGUCUCCACCCAUUCCAUCUCCAGCAGUCCCAGUGUUGUCCAUGUCUCCACCCAUUCCAUCUCCAGCAGUCCCAGUGUUGUCCAUGUCUCCACCCAUUCCAUCUCCAGCAGUCCCACUGUUGUCCAUGUCUCCACCCAUUCCAUCUCCAGCAGUCCCACUGUUGUCCAUGUCUCCACCCAUUCCAUCUCCAGCAGUCCCAGUGUUGUCCAUGUCCCCACCCAUUCCAUCUCCAGCAGUCCCACUGUUGUCCAUGUCUCCACCCAUUCCAUCUCCAGCAGUCCCACUGUUGUCCAUGUCUCCACCCAUUCCAUCUCCAGCAGUCCCAGUGUUGUCCAUGUCUCCACCCAUUCCAUCUCCAGCAGUCCCACUGUUGUCCAUGUCUCCACCCAUUCCAUCUCCAGCAGUCCCACUGUUGUCCAUGUCUCCACCCAUUCCAUCUCCAGCAGUCCCACUGUUGUCCAUGUCUCCACCCAUUCCAUCUCCAGCAGUCCCACUGUUGUCCAUGUCUCCACCCAUUCCAUCUCCAGCAGUCCCAGUGUUGUCCAUGUCUCCACCCAUUCCAUCUCCAGCAGUCCCAGUGUUGUCCAUGUCUCCACCCAUUCCAUCUCCAGCAGUCCCACUGUUGUCCAUGUCUCCACCCAUUCCAUCUCCAGCAGUCCCACUGUUGUCCAUGUCUCCACCCAUUCCAUCUCCAGCAGUCCCACUGUUGUCCAUGUCCCCACCCAUUCCAUCUCCAGCAGUCCCAGUGUUGUCCAUGUCUCCACCCAUUCCAUCUCCAGCAGUCCCAGUGUUGUCCAUGUCUCCACCCAUUCCAUCUCCAGCAGUCCCAGUGUUGUCCAUGUCUCCACCCAUUCCAUCUCCAGCAGUCCCAGUGUUGUCCAUGUCUCCACCCAUUCCAUCUCCAGCAGUCCCAGUGUUGUCCAUGUCUCCACCCAUUCCAUCUCCAGCAGUCCCACUGUUGUCCAUGUCCCCACCCAUUCCAUCUCCAGCAGUCCCACUGUUGUCCAUGUCUCCACCCAUUCCAUCUCCAGCAGUCCCACUGUUGUCCAUGUCUCCACCCAUUCCAUCUCCAGCAGUCCCAGUGUUGUCCAUGUCUCUACCCAGGCUGCUGUGUAGUCUACUGGUGGGGUCUCCCUACCUGCUGGUGACCAUCAUACUGCUGGUGAAAGGCUGCAGGAGCAGGACUCAAGGUGAUCGUGUUGAAGAAGAGUGAGGCUGAGAUCACCUGAUCACCAUAACAACCAUCAGAAUGGAACUCAUGGAAUUCUAAUAUAGAACUGUGAGUCACAAUGCUGUAUGUUGUUACAUUGUAGCUCCACCUGCUGGAACAAUAGUGGCAUUUGAUCAAAUGUGAUCUAUUAACUGAUACAUGUAUUAUUCUGAAUGGAAUGUGUUUUAAUAUAAUGUGUGUUGUAUUAUUCAUUCAGCAGCUGUCCUUUAACAUCAGUCAUAUACUGGUCAUAUACUGUAUAGCAUUAUGGUUGAUACAUUGUAAAUGCCUUCACUUUUCAUGUUUAUACAGAUCAACUGAUAGGUGUUGUGGUUCAGGCAUUUUUGUUACAGGUUCAGUAUAAUGUUAUACCAUUACAUCUUACAGAGAUAGAAAACAUACAGGAGAGGAGAAUUCACUUAUUAUAAUUAUUUACUCUAUUUUCCCAUGUUGGUCUCAAUAGUAGUUCUUCAUUAUUUGAUUUGAUUUAAACAUGAAAUUAAUGUAGGCCUAUUGUUUUAUUCUGGUUGUUUUGUGCAAAAUGAUAAUUAUUAUAUUAAUCAUCCUGGUAAGAUAUUGCGUUAGUCUUUGUGUCAUAUAGAAUUAAAUAAAUGAUUUUCCUCAA